UUUGGAUUUUAUUUCAUAGAAAUGGUGAGAGACAAAAGAAGAUAACGAAUGAAGUGAGAUGAAGAAUAGAUAAUUCGCUAGCAGAUGCACUAAUUAGCGGUUGACAGCAAUGAUUCCAAUGAAAAGUGAGGGUUUUGUACGAUGAGUACGUCUCCUUCUUCGCUGACGGCGGCGCAGCCGCCAACUUCGACCUCAAUUCCUUCUUCAACGGCGUGGCAGGGUAAAUCGUUUGUAGAUGUUGUUGCUGAGCGUUCAUCCGGAUCGCUAUCAGAAAAAACUCACUAUCAAGGGGAUGCCUGCUAUUUCUUUCCCGAAGUGUGAUAUCAAGAUCCUAGCAGAACGUCAUAAACACUCGCUGAUUCGUUAUUUCUACCGUGGACGCCCUAAUUUGGAUACGCUUCGUAAAUCUAUGGAGAAAAUUGGAUUCAAAGGAGCUUUCCAUUUAGGGGCAUUGGAGAUAAAGCACGUGUUGAUUCGCUUUGAGCACGAGGAUGAUUACUUUAGAAUCAUGGUCCAUUCAAGGGAAGGUCAUGCGGGUUACCAAGUGGUCGCCUACCUUUAGGCCAAACGUGGAAGAUGGAUUUUGCUAGAUAUUCGGUUGAUAUGGGUAACCUCGAGCGCAACCGAACGAACGAGCUUGCGAGGAAGAGAUCCCGCAAAGGUAAAUCACAUAUCGGCUCUUCAUCUCAAAGCCAAGAUAAUUUGAUACGGGUUACGCAAGGAGGGAUGUGGAUGCGAUGACCGACGAACAAUUAGAACAAGAAUUGCACCGACAUAAUAGUCGCUUUUUCCAAGACCAAUCGAGGACCAUUGACGAAGAAGAGCCACGGCGACGACGAGGAGGAGGGUGGCGGCAGCCACGACGCCGACGAGCCUGCCUCAUCCCAAACCGGUACGAAAAAGUAAAUCUGAACUAAUGGCUAGUAAUUUUUCUAAGUGGAAGGACCCGAACACCGGGAAUUGGACCGCAACUUGCAAUUGGUGCAAGAAAAAUUAUAGCUUGGGGAUUUCCGGCGGAUACGGAUCCGCCACAAGACAUCUUAAGUCCAAACACCCGGUGGAGUAUGCAAAAUUAGGCGGCAGAACGGGGAAGCAAACUCAAAUAUCGAGGUUUGCAAAUAACCAACAAGCUUUUGAUAAUUUCUCAUACAAUGAUGCACAAAAUUUGACUGGUACGGCUAACUUACUUGUUGAAGAAAAUUUGCCUUAUUUGUUUUCUGAAAUUCUUGCUUUUCGUGAUUAUGCACAAACAUGUUUAAAUCCUCAAUAUAGAGGUUAUAGUCGCAAAACGGUUAAGAAAGAAAUUUCAAGGCUUUAUGGUGCGGAAAAGGUAAGGUUACAAAAUUAUUUUGCAAACUUUGAUGGGCGUGUUACUGUAUGUUCUGACAUAUGGGAGGACACUUAUCAUAAUUUACAUUAUUUGGAUCUGACUGUACAUUAUAUUGAUAAUGAUUGGCAUAUGCAUAAACAUCUCGUGCUAUAGUGAAUGUAUGCAUUUUUAUUAUUAUUAGAUGGAAAGUGACUAUUAUGUACAUCCCGUGCUAUAGUGAAUGUAUGCAUUAUUAUUAUUAGAUAUGGGAGGACACUUAUCAUAAUAGUCACUUUCCAUCUAAAAAUGAAGUAUAGAUCAUGUUCAUGAUUUCAUUCUUUAAUACAAUUUAAUUUAAUAAUAUGAUUCUAUAUAUCUAGCAUUCAUUAUACUAUAGAUAAAAAAUUCAAAGAGUCUAUUGGUUUGAAACCAAUUAAGCUCAUCCUACAUAUUAGAACACUUGUCAUAUCUUUGACUUUUAACUUUAGAAAACCAUUAUUUACACCAAGUUAGGAAAUCAUCAAUGUCACUUUUCAAACAAAGUGUAGUAAUCAAUAUCUAACUAUAAGGAUUUGCUCCAUCACAACUUCGUGGUUAUUUAUAAUUUAUGCUAUGCAUAGUAACUAUAGUAAUAUUCAUGUCCAUUAUUUCUAAUUAGGUAAUAUUUAUGAAAUAAUCUCUAGUUUUUAUGACCGCGUAGCGGGGGCACAAUUUUUAUCUUUAAGUACUAAUCUUAAACUUCGGGGUCGGAAGCGGGGGCACUUGCCCCCUAGGUCCUCCACUGGAUAUAAUACAUAAAAAAAGUUAAAUUUAAUUAGUAAGACCCAACUUGGUAUUAAAAAACACAUUGGGGACCAUUUCAAUAAGCAUACUUCAUGAUCUAUACUUCAUUUUUAGAUGGAAAGUGACUAUUAUGAUUGGCAUAUGCAUAAACAUCCCGUGCUAUAGUGAAUGUAUGCAUUAUUAUUAUAGACUCAUAUGUACAUUAUAUCUGACUGUACAUUUUUAGAUGGAAAGUGACUAUUAUGAACAUCCCGUGCAACGCACGAGUAAGAAAUCUAGUAUUUUUAAAUUGUGAUUGAGAUUUUAUUAAGUGGAUAAAGUAAAAUGAUACCAGCAACGUAUUUCUUGUUAGAGCCGGAAUAAGAUAUUUAAUUAAGAUAAUUCAAAAAAGAAAAUAAGACAUUAAAAAUGAGACGUAAAGAGGAUGUGAUUUCAUAGACACGAAUCUGAUAUCCACUGGAACAAGGAUUAAGCCAGUGGUUGAACUAAUAGAACGUUAAUGAAUUCUAGAAUUCAAUAUAGAUAUAAAAUAUAGUGUGUUUUAAUCUAAUCUUAUUUAAUCCAAAUAAAAUAAAUCAAGGGAACAAGUCAUUAGAGCGUCU